AUGAAGCCUGUAAAUGCUACAGGUGUCCCAGCUGAUAAGAGCGCUGUAAUCGCAGCCCUGCUCGCUGGUGUUGUGACGUUGGUAAUAUCGUUUUGGGCUCUCCACGUGAGAUCUCGUCGCAAUGCACGUACUACCGUUUCUGAUGAGGGCGAAAAUAAUAGCGACGAUGGAACGCCUUCGGUCUCGAUAUUUGUGAAUGAUCUUAUAUUCCAGAAGGGCCUAGACAAACCCGUAGUAGAUAACGUACUGCCGUUAGCCGAAUUGGCCAACAAGUGCAAUCUUUACCUUUUUGUACAGGUAACGGAUGAAAGUGAUAUCGCAGUUGUGUUGCAAGGCCUGGAAAAGGCCGAAAGCUUUACAGGAGAGCUGAAGAAACACCGAGUGUUAUUCUCUGGAACAAGCGCCGGACGGGCUUCUAUGGUCAGGCAACUGCAGCCUCAGCUGCACUUGGAAACCGAUCCCACUGUUUUCCAGACUGUAAGCGGCAAAGUGCCCAAUGUCCUGCAAUUUGCCGUCGUGAAAGAAGAAUCAACAUCUCAGCAAGAAGAUGAACAAGUUGAAAACGACGACGUAAUCAAAGUCAGAUCAGCUGCAAGUAUCAUCGAAAUCAUAGAGCCAUACAUAGAAGUGGCGUAA